CGCCGACUCCCCAUUCCCGCCGACUCCAUCAUGUCGCCGCUUUUUUACCUGCUCUUACUCGCCGUACUCGCACUGACUGUGUCGUCCCAGGAAUUUGUCCCGAACGUGCCAAAAGAGUGUCAGAAAACGGGCUUCUGCGAGGACUUACCGGACUAUCCGACAGAAUGCGUCGACGCUAUCAUUGAAGAACUGGGACCAGCUCUCGACAAAUACGAGGUUGAGGAUCUUGACGCCUCCGAAACGUUGUCCAGAGCAGGAGAUGAGGAUCAAGAUCUCUGCGAGUCCAGGCGCAGGACUAUAGUGCCGCGUGCGGCUCGGGACAAAGAUGGUAACUGGCACUACGUUCUCAACCAAAGGACCAAGCCGGUGCAAAGCUUCGUUGUUGAGGUAUGCAAUCCAGUCGAUUCGCCCUGCGCUAACGUAGCCCACUUCUACACCGGUUACGAAGCUAGCUGCAAGCAGAAAUUCAUUUAUCGCAAGUCGCCGACUUUGAACGCCGGCGGCGCGAUGGUUGAAAGACAGUUACUAUUCCCCAGCUGCUGCUCGUGCCAGUAUCGACAGACUAAUGAAUCAUCAUAAUUAAAUUAAGGUAACAUUCGGAUUGUGACUGCAGUUGCUGUUGCGGUAUUAGGUACUGCUAUUGC